AUGGGUAAAAGAUUUUCAGAAUCCGCCGCAAAGAAGGCAGCUGGUUUAGCAAGAAAAAGAGAUCAGGCACAUGCUAAACAAAGAGCACAAAUGGAGCAGCUAGAAGCAGAGGAGGCUUCUAAAUGGGAACAAGGCUCGAAGAAAGAAAAUUCCAGAAAAUUAGAGGAAGAGCAAAAAAGACAGGAGAAAGCAAGAGCUAAAAAGGAGCGCGAUGCAUUGCUAGCCGCAGAAGAGGAACAACUGGGCAAGGGUGGCAAGGGUAAAAGGAAAUGA